AUGUUGAUAAAUCUUGCAGGUGAUGUAAUGAUCGGUCGAUUGAUCGAUCAACUUCUUCCAACAUCUGUUCAUAAUCCCGAAGAAGCGAAAAUUGUACAACAAUUUCGAUUAUCUCGAACUGUUCGGUAUCCUUAUUUAGCUAAAGAGAGAUAUAAUUAUUCGACAAUUUGGGGAAAUACUUUGUCAUUAUGGAAAGAGGGAAAUUUGAAUAUUAUCAAUUUGGAAACAUCAGUCACAACACAUGACAAACUUUGGCCAAAUAAAGUUUUUAAUUAUCGCACACAUCCCGAGAAUCUAAAUUGUUUAACUUCAGCACAUAUUCACCAUGUUUCAUUAGCGAAUAAUCAUACAUUAGAUUUUGAUGUCAAAGGUCUCGAACAAACAUGUGAAAGUCUCGAUCAAUUCGAUCUAUCCUAUGUUGGUGCGGGUAAAACACGUUCACAUGCUCUCGGUCCGAUUUAUCUCGAUAUCUCUCCGUCGUCCAAACCAGUAUCUGUUGAAGCGUCAACAUCUCGUUCAUCAUCGUCCAUUCGAGUUGGUUUAAUUUCAGCAUCUGAUCAUCCAUCAGAUUGGUCACGUGUUUCUUCAUUUCAUUUCUUUGAUUAUCAUGAUCGUUCGGUUUUAUCUUCGUUGAUCAUCACUGCUCGUUCCAAUGCUGAUUUCGUCAUUUGUUCGAUUCAUUGGGGUCCAAAUUAUCAAUGGCGACCGGAGAGAAAGAUUCGUGAACUUGCUCAUUGGAUGAUCAAUGAAGGUGUUGAUGUCAUUCAUGGACAUUCCAGUCAUCAUAUUCAAGGAAUCGAACUUUUUCCACGACAAAAUCGAAAUCCUGCAUUGAUUAUUUACGGUUGUGGUGAUUUUCUUGAUGAUUACGCAAUCGAUGAACAAUAUCGAAAUGAUUUAAGUGCACUUUUUCGGUUAAAUUUGUCAAUUUCCACGUCCGAGUCAGAUCAAAGCAAAUUCGUCAGUAUUCAUUCGCUUUCAAUUUAUCCAACACGAUGCUCAAAUUUUCAAGUCAAUCGAUUAGAUCAUGACGAUGCCGAUUGGAAGUGGAUUAAAGACAAACUUACGGAAUUAAGUGAUUUACACGAUAAAACCUGGAUUGUUGGCGAGAAUCAUAAUCUUAUUUAUAACCAACAUCAUUUGGUGAUAAUUAAAUAA